AUGAUAUCCACCAGCUUAGACUGGGUGAUUCUUUUCUUCAUUCAGAUGAAAGUUGGAAUCCUGGGAAACGCCUUACUUGUUGGUUUUUAUACGUUUACUUUAAGUACUGGUCGAAACUUUAGACCGACGGACCAGAUUCUCAAUCAGCUGGCCUUAGCUAACUGCUUGGCUCUUUUCUCCAAAGGAAUCCCCCAAGAAAUGGCAGCUUUUGGAUUGGACUAUUUCCUCAGCGGUGCUGUAUGUAAACUGGUAUUCUAUUUGCACAGAGUGAGCAGAGGAGCUUCGCUCAGCACCACCUGCCUCCUCGGUGCCUUCCAGGCUGCCCAGCUUUGCUCCGGCAGCUCUUGGUGGCAGCGGGAACUCAAAAUCUGGUUUCUACGCUGCCUUGGUCCCUGCUGCUCCUGCUGCUGGGUGCUGAGUCUCCUGACAAAUAUACAUAUUCCCGUCUUGGUGAAUGGCCCGAAGAAUGACAAAAAUGCAAGCUGGGAAACCAAAUCUAAGUAUUGGUGUUCUAAGACCACUCUAGACCAAGUGUCCAGCUCACUGAUUGCAAGCAUGAUACUUUUGGUCGAUUACAUCCUUUUGGGGCUCAUGGUCUGGGCCAGUGGCUCCAUGGUCUUGGUCCUGCACAGACACAAGCAGAGGGUCCAGCACCUUCACAGUCAGAGCCUUUCGCGUCGGCCUUCCCAUGAGGCCAGGGCCACGUGCACCAUCCUCAUCCUCGUGAGUUCUUUUGUCUUGUUUCACGCCCUUUCUUCCAUGCUGACUCUCCACGUGGCGCUCAGUAGGAUUCCAGCCCAGUGGUUGCUGAACGCCUCUGUGUUUGUGGCUCUGUGCUUUCCCACCCUCAGUCCCUGGGUGCUCCUCGCUCGUGACCCUCGCGUCUCUAAGUUAUGCUUGGCCUACUGGCCAAGAAGUUUCUUUCCUUAA